AUGCUUGCCGAAACUUCCAGCCCUAGAGACUCUUAUUAUUCGUCACUAUUUGACGAGUACUCGUCACGUGGUGAAGAGAGAACUUACAAUGGCUCAACUUGGAGUCAUGCAGCAAAUGCUGUGAAAAAGCGGCCUUCCCUAAAUUUACACCCUCGCACUAAUAGUAUAAGCAGCCUAAAACGACAGCCUUCUUUUGAUUGUCCCUCACCUGCAUUUUCCAAUUUAGUCUCUUCAAAUUAUUCAAGUCCACUUAGUUCGUUAUUUAACUAUAAAACUGCUUCUGGUUCUUUUUCCCCUCCACCACCAAGUCCAGGAUACGUUUUUACUCAUUUUAGCUCAUAUAAUAAUGUGGAAAAUAGAGAAAGUCUCACUAGCAAUAAAACUGAAGAAAGAUCUAACAGUUUAACAGUCCCUCUAGACACGAAAAGAAGUAGCUCAGAAAAUCGUACUUCUUCUCCUUCAGGAAGCAGUGUCCUUGAAGAUUAUAAUGAUUAUAAUGAUUAUCAUACAAGACCUUCUUCUACAAGUAGUUUCGAGGAUGCACCGAAUUCAGUGUCAAAUUCACUUGAAGUAACUCCAACGAAAUCGCAAGAUUCAACUCUGUCACAACAAAUCUUAGAUGAACAUAUUCAACAGCAACAAGAUAGUGAUAGGGAUCAAUAUGGUUUUAGAAGGUCAUUUCAAUGGAUUACCAAAAAGGAAUAUAAUGAAUUUGAAUCAUCUUACAUACAAGUCCUACAUAGACGUAAACAAAAAUGGGACGCUGCUAUUGCUGAAAAUGGUGGUGUCAUACCUGACAGAUGUUCAAAAAUGAAGAGAUAUGUACGUAAAGGUAUACCUCCAUCAUUACGCGGAGAGGCAUGGUUCCAUUUUAGUGGUGCAGAAGCAAAGAUGAGGGAUCAUAUGGACUUUUAUCAACAAUUAUUAAUCAAAGCGCAAGAUCCUCGGUACGAAAAUGAGUAUGUGGAAGUUAUUGAAAGAGAUCUUCAUCGCACUUUUCCUGAAAAUAUUAAAUUUAAAUCUACAGUAGUUUCAGAAGAUGGUUCAACUUUUAUCUCAACUGAUAAUGUCCCAAUCAUUCAAUCACUACGUCGUGUACUAAUAGCUUUUUCAUUAUAUUCACCUAACAUUGGUUAUUGUCAAUCUCUUAAUUACUUGGUUGGAAUUCUUUUACUUUUUAUGGAAGAGGAAAAGGCAUUUUGGAUGUUAGUAACUAUCAUUCAUGAUUAUUUGCCUGAAAAUAUGUAUGAUGUGACAAUGGAAGGUGCAAAUGUUGAUCAAGCUGUUCUCAUGAUCUUAAUAAUGGAAAAAAUGCCACAAAUAUGGAACAGAUUAAGCGGAGGAUUUGGUUGGGAUGUAGAUAAAUUAGAUGGAAAUAUGCCAACAAUUACGCUUGUCACAAGUCAUUGGUUUUUGACGUUAUUUAUUAACAUUUUACCAAUCGAGACAUUGUUAAGAGUGUGGGAUUGUUUAUUUUAUGAAGGUAAUAAAGUUUUAUUUCGUGUAGCUUUAGCAAUUAUUAAAUUAAAUGAGGAUAAGAUUUUAGCAAUAGAUGAUCCGAUGGAAAUAUUUCAGCUAGUUCAGAAUAUGCCAAAGUGCUUGCUUGACUGUCAUAAACUGAUAGAUGUAUGUUUCCGUCGUCGUAAAGGAGUAUCUGAUAUUUCACAAAAAGAUAUUGAUAGACAUAGAGAAUUAAUUCGUGAACGACGGAAAAAACGAGUAGGAUCUAUGUUAUUUAAACACAAUAAUUAG